CUGCAGCGAGGCAGCGGUCCGUGGUGACGUCACACGCUCCCUUUCGCGGAUCCGGGCUGGACGACGAAAAAGUAUACCGGAGACCGACACCCCGCUUCUUCAGUACCAGCACCAGCAGCCGGAUUGAAGAGGUUCAGUCAUGGGAAACUGCCAGCCCACCAUCGUGCCCUACGAGGAUUUCGACGUGCUCGCCGACAUCAAGGCCAUCCGCAAAGCCUGCAAAGGACUGGGAACCGAUGAGCAGGCCAUCAUCGAUAUCCUGGCCAACCGCAGCUCAGAUCAGCGUCAGGAAAUCAAACAGGCGUACUGUGACAAGUAUGACGACGAGCUGGUAGACGUGCUCAAGCGUGAGCUGUCGGGCAAAUUCGAGAAGGCCAUCCUGGCCAUGUUGGACCCGCCCAUCAUUUACGCCGUAAAGGAGCUGAGGAGGGCCAUGAAGGGGGCGGGCACCGACGAGGACGUGCUUGUGGAAAUCCUCUGCACCGCCACCAAUGCGGACAUUGCCAUGUUCAAGGAAUGCUACUUUCAAGUGCACGAGCGUGACCUGGACGCCGACAUCGAGGGUGACACCAGCGGCGAUGUCCGGAACCUGCUCAUGGCUCUUCUGGAGGGCAACAGAGACGAGAGCUACCAGGUGGAUGAGGCUCUGGCGGAGGAGGACGCCACCUGUCUCUUUGAGGCUGGCGAGGGCCGAUUCGGGACGGACGAGUCCACCUUUAGCUACAUCCUGGCGUCCAGGAACUACCUGCAGCUACAAGCUACCUUUAAGAUCUACGAGCAGUUGUCCGACACCGAAAUCCUGGACGCCAUCGAAAAUGAGACUUCCGGCACCUUAAAGAGAUGCUACAUCGCUCUCGUGAGAGUCGCCAAGAACCCGCAGCUGUACUUCGCCAGACGUCUUAAUGACGCCAUGAAGGGGGCGGGGACUGACGAGGACACGCUCAUUCGCAUCAUCGUAGUCCGCUCUGAGUAUGACCUGGAGACCAUCAAAGACUUGUACCUGGAGAAGUACGACGUGUCCCUGAAGGACGCGCUGAAAGACGAGUGCAGCGGCGACUUCAAGCGCCUCCUCCUGGCCAUCUGCCACUGAAGACGCUUCGCCACCGCUCAAUGUGACGUCUGACGUCUUCUUUUUUCAACCUCUGUCACUGACACUGACAAUGUGUAGCUACUAAACCAACUGAUCUCACGUCAGUUUUAACCGUUUAGGGGGGCAUUCGUGGAGGAGCUAAGUGGUGCGUUUAAGGACUCACCUGAUGGCUUUAUUUAGAGCUCUGUGAAAAUACUGUAAGGGGGGUAAAACGUGGAUACAUGAGAAAGUUUGAUUUAGCACAAUGAAAAGCAAACAUCGGCAGAUUUGAAACCGGUCAAAGGUCAGUUCUUUCAUCAUGACGAAUUGUGUUUAUGAAGCUCAGUAUCCUCAGCUUUGCAUACUACUGCAACAAACGUGUUCAUUAUUUGUCUGCUUCUGCGUCAAAAAGUCAUUUAUCAAUGUUUACCUUCUGCUAAUAUUGAUUGUAAAUUAUAGUGCAAUCACGCCUUGUGACUUGAAAGAGCUCAAAUGUUGCAGAAACGUUCCCAUUUUUCCAGUUUUCUUUCAUUUUUCACUUGUUUUCUUUCAUUUUUCACUUGUUUAUUGAGCCUAAAAGACGGAGGUACACCACAAACUGCCACUUAAGCAACAACUAACAUAAUAAUAUCUAUUUUUUAAUGCAUUCUAGUUUUGAUUAGUUUACAGGAAUACACUUGAAUCUAAAACCGUGGAUAUUUAUGUAACGUUAGGCCAGUCCUUGUAAGUGCUUUGAAAUGAAUAUUAAGGUUUGGAUAUUGUACAACAUUGUAUUGAAUUACAGAAUGUUCUUUUCCUGCCCACUAAUACACUUGACAUACACAA